UUUGAAACGAUGACAUUUUAAAUAUUCUGUCAUUCUUGUUUUGCUGAUAAUUAACCUGUUCAUUGUUUUAUUAUCGUGCUCAGAAAUUUUGUAAACAAUUAAAAUGAACUGAUUAAUUAUAACUGUGUUUAAUUAUUUAUUACCAGACAAUGAUACACGAAGAAAAAGUACUGGAUGAAAAUGAGUGGAAAACAGAAGCACAGGCAAUAAUAAAUGACGUGAAAAAUCAUGUACUGGAAAUAAAUAUUUCACAAAAGCUUCCGAGUACCAAUAGUAAGAUUUUCCUCAACUUGACAACUCUCGAGGGUUUUAAAUACACCAUUGAAGUGUCAUCUGCUGGUUUUUCAAUAAUUGCUGAUCAACACGACACCAUAACCAACACCCGGACUCAAGUAUUUGAAACACCGUAUGGACUCUUGGAUUCAAUAAGUGAAAAGUAUCGGGAAUCAUUUGGAAAUGAUUUGAUUGAUAAAUUAAAUAAACUCAGUGACAGCUAAAUUUAUUUGACUCCUAGAAAAAAAAAAUCCAAAAAUUGUCAGUUGUCUGUCAACUUCAGGACCAUUUCAAAUUUUCCCGCGUUACUCGUCGCUCAGUUGACUUUCUUCAUCAUCGUUCAAUUUUCACAGGCAUACAAUGGGCUCAU